GUGCCAUUUACUUUGAAUAUUUCUUGCUACCCUGAUCGAGGGGGGUAGCGUGAUUAUAGAAUGAUAGAAUGAACCGCGUGGGCGAAUUACGUCAUACGCCCACCUGUAGCCGCGCACACGUACAAAGCUACAUAUGUAUUACAUAAUAGGUAUACGUUAAAAAUGUAAUUCUUAUACGUUACUUAAAUUCUUUCAUAUUAGAAUAUACAUAUUAACAUACUUGCAAUUUAUACAAUCACAGUUUAAAUACGGGUAGUUGUAACUUUGAGAUUUCAUCAUUUUUACACAUUAUAAAUAAUGAACUACAAUUUCACAAAGUAUCAUUAAUUGUUAAUUUAAUGAACAUUAUACUGUGAUCGAAAUGACACUAGACACGUAGACUUAUUUGAUACAAAUAUUAUACUGUAAAAUAAUUUUAUUAAGACGUUGCGAAAAAUUUAUUAAGAAAAGGUCACAGGGUAGAUCGCAUAGUUCCCGGGGGUGGAAGGCUGUUUCGGCCGCACCCCGGCGUCGCGACGUCAGUCGUCGUUCCAACGUGGCUCAACAAGUACACGCGGUACCGUGCAAUUAGUUCAAAUACUCGAAAAUGUAUUAUAUCAUAUAAUUUACUAUUACCUUAUUUAAAUCACAAAUACAUCGAAGAAGAGCUCAACGAAAAUUGAAAAUAAUAAAAAAUUAAAUUAUAUUAUCGGUCUAAUGCUUCAUUUGUUGAUUAAUCAUCAACAGUAAUCAUUCAAUUAUCAAAUUGAAUAUUUUUUAAUGAGAUCCAAAGUAAUGAACGGUGAUAACUGGGAGGAAAAAUGGCCAAAACAACAAUCACAAGCUAGAAAAUCAGUACAAUCGAAUAGAAAGAGAACUGAGAAGUCAGGUUUGAAAUUAUCAAAACCAUCUAGAGGAUCUACACCUAGAGAAAGAACCCUUAGAAGAUUGGAAAGUAAUGAAAGAGAAAGAAUGAGAAUGCACAGUUUGAAUGAUGCUUUUCAGUCUUUACGUGAAGUUAUUCCACAUGUAACCAAAGAAAGACGACUAUCAAAAAUUGAAACCUUAACUUUAGCAAAGAAUUACAUAGCAGCCCUCACAGAUGUGAUAUGUGCAAUGAGAAAUGAAGAGAAAACUAUAAAUCAACAGGCUGAGAUUCCUGAAUCUCAUGAAUCAUCCAAUAACAAAACUAAAUGCCUAAAUAUGAAUAUUCCAAUUCCUUCGAAAUCCUGUAGUUAGGGAAGCUUUAUUUUUUAUGUGAAUAACCAUUCAUAGGAUAUGGCAAUUCUAAAAACAGUACAGGCUUCUGAAAUGACAAAUAUUUAAAAAUUUUAAUUCAUUACAGUGUUAUGAUUGUUUGAGAGCCACAUUACUUGAAUUUCUUAUCAAAACUCUAGUAUGAAGUAUCUCAUAAAAAUGCAUAAAGGUAAUGUCAAAAUAAAUUAAAUAAUUAAUGAAUCAAUGCUGAAUUUCGAUAUUGUUUACUUCAAUUUUAGUACUAUUUAAUAAGUAUUAUAGAAACUAUUGUGCCAAAAAAUGCUAGUAUUUUCAUAAAACAAAGCAGUAUUUUAGUAUUAAAAGAUGUCAGUAUUAUUGUGUAUAUGUAUUAUAUAAAGAUAUUGUACUCCAAUUAUUUUGUAACUAUAAAAUGCAUGGUAUAUUGUUCCAAAUAUUGAAAUAAAUACUAUCAACCCUCGGAUGUCGAACAUGGGUAAUUUUUUACUCGGGAUUUGACACAUAAUUGAAUCAAAAAUUUAAUUUGAAGUACAUUCCGGAUUGUAAGAUUGUAGUAUAAGUAAAAAAUGAGCCAUGUCCGUCGUCCGCGGAUUAUUGCAGUAAUUAUAAUCUAAAAUACAAUUUUAUUUAUGUAAAGAUAAAUGGAAAAUUUAUAAAGCAUAAUAAUAUAAUUUGUUAAAUGA